AUGUGUCCGAUUUGUCAAUCUGUAUGUCUUCGAUCGAAAGAAUGCGUGAAAAAGAACAAUGCUUUAAAAAAUUUUCUCCGAGAACUUCCGGAAAUGCUCAAACAAAUUGAGGAUUUAGAAAAAGAAGGGAAAGCAAAUGAUUCAAAAGAUUGCUGUGAGAAUUGCAAGAAGAGUUUCUCAUUCUCGCAAAUGUUCAGCUGUUUCGAUUGUAAUGAAAAGAUUUGCGGUGCUUGCGCUUUUCGAAAACAUCGCUCGCACACGGUUGUCGAUUUGAUUGUUAAGGAGAUUGAUAAGAUCAUUGAUGAAACGAGCAAAUCGGUGUCAAGCCAAAUAAGUUGUUACAAAGAAAUCUUCCCACAAUUACAUCAAGAUCUCCUCGAUAAUAUCUCCAUGUUUGAAAAGAGUCUUUUAUCAAAAAUCUCGAAUAUUAAGAGGGAAAACAUUGAGCGCGCUAGAAAAGAAAGUUUCGAUUGUCGUAAACUUGGUGACGAUUUUGAGCUGAUCUCCGAGAAAUAUCUACCAACUUUACGGGAAAUUAACUCAAAUUUACUGGAUCUUCUCAAUGAUCCAAAUUUGGGUUUCGUUCAAGUGUCAAUCUUUCAUGACUCAACUGAUCCAAAAAUUGAGGAAAAGAGAAUGAUCGAAGAGACGACAAGACUCAUCACAACUGUCGUCGAGAGUAAC